AUGGCUCCUCCAACCAUUCUUCUUGGCCCACCAUUUAUUCAUAACCUGUCUGUUCAAGAUGAAAGGCCCCUUUCCCCAAUUGAUCAAAAGCCAACAUCCCCAAGAAACCCUUGCAUGGACUUGUUUUUCUGUGACCUCUCGCUCCAAAACCUCCCCAUUCUACUAGAGAGUGCUUGGAGGCACAACCCCCUGACGACCCUUAAAAUCAUAUUCAACUUCGGAAACUCUAACAAACUAGCCUUUUUGCCUGCAAUUUUGUGGCUUCACCAGCAUCAUCACCUAACUCUUGCAUGCAAUAUUAGCAUAUUUUCGAGUUUAGAGCUUUUAGACUAUACGCUUGAGAUCUUAUGCAGAAUUCUGGACCCCUCUAAGGGUUCGGGAACAAUGGCAGAUAUCAAGAAUUCAGAUAAGAUUCCAUGCACAAUACUGAAGACACAGAGAGAUAUCAGCAGGGCUCGAUUAGCACUGGAGAAGUACGUACAUGAUGCGCAAUAUCGUUUCUUGCACAAUCAAAUUUCAAAUUUGUUCGCUGAUCUUCUUAGGGAUGAUCUCCAGUUUUUGGCCUCGGGAAGAAUUGACGAGAUUAGUAUGGCUUCCAAAUUAUGUCCCUCUCUUGAUUCUGUUUGUGAUAAAUCGACCCUGAUAUGUGAGGGAAUUGCAAGAAAGCUAUUUCCGCCUGAAUCUGAUGAGGAGUAUAAGGAGAUUGACGAAACCCACUAUGCUUAUAGAGUCCGAAAUCGUUUCCGUAAACAAGUCCUUGUUCCUCUCCGCAAAGCCCUCGGAGCUGGAGCAGACCGAGUAACAGUGCCAACAACAAAGAAAGAUUUAGGUAAAAAGCUGUUCAUGCUUUAUCAAAAGGACAAAAGGCUUUUGACUGGAGACAGUGAAGAAAGAUUAACAAUUUUGCCUGAUAUAUACACUAAGGGUAGAAGCAAGGUUGGUCCUCGUCAUAUUGUCGCCUGCUUGAAUGAUGAAAGCGUUCAAUAUGACACCGUAGAGAUUCGAUGGCGCAAUAUAGUUGAAGCUUGUGCCAAGAAACAAGAAUGGAGAAACUGUUUGGCCAUUUACAAUGUGUCAGGAGGCACUAGAAAUGCAGCAAUGGAUUUUGCUCUCGGUAUGGGGUUGCUGAUCUCAGAAAUCAGUGACGAGCCUUGGAAGGGAAAAGUGCUCACAUUCGGCACUGACCCCGUAUUUUGCAGGAUUGAAGGAAGUGAUCUGAGAUCAAAGAUUGAGUUCAUGAGAAAAUUGAGGCAAUGUGAAAAUAUGGGUUUUCCAAGGUUUUCGAUCAAGUUCUAG